AUGUCCAGAUACGAAAAGUUAAUAAAGGAGGCUACGAAGCCUAAACCUGGCGCUCCCAAGGCCAAGUAUAUCGACCCAAUCAUUGCAAGUUCUUUUAGCCAAGACGGCUCACUACAGGAUAUGUGUAAAGCUCUAUCUUCACGUUUGAACGAUAGCAGCAGCUUGGUGGUAAUGCGAAGCUUGAUAGUGAUUCAUACGCUAAUAAGAAACGGUGGUGUCGAUAACGUCCUCUCGGCAAUGUCUGGAAGUGGACAAGGAUCUUUGAGAUUACGCAACGUUAUUCAAGGAGGUAAUUGGCAAGGAUAUGAUGCUCCUCGGAUAUUGUCACCGUAUGCAGCUUAUCUCGACGAUCGUAUCAAAGCAUACAGAGAGCUACGACAUGAUGUGAUAAGAGCAGCAGAUGCAGCACGAACACGUGGAGGUGAUCGAAGUGAAGGAGCAGAAUCAGGUCUACGCCUCAGAAGAUUGACGGUCGAGAAAGGAUUAUUGCGUGAAGUUGGUGUAUGUCAGAAAGUUUGUAGUAGACUUUUGGAUGUUUUCUUUGCCUUCUUUUCCGGCGAGAAUACUCGAGAAGAGCUGGCACUUACAGCAUUCAGGAUGAGUUUAAAAGAUUUACUGGCGGUCUAUGCUGCAAUCAAUGAAGGCGUGAUCAACGUAUUGGAACACUACUUUGAGAUGUCAAAAGUGGACGCAACAAAUGCAUUGGAAGUAUACAAAAGAUUUUGCACGCACACAGAAAAGAUCGUUGCUUUUCUCGCAUCCGCAAGAAAAAUCUCACAUCAUCUCAAUAUAAACAUUCCAAAUUUGCGACAUGCUCCUGUCAGUUUAGCAGGUGCUUUGAAAGAAUACUUGGACGAUCCGAACUUUGAGAAGAAUCGACAAGAAUACAAGGAGAACAAACGUGUUGCAGAUGGAAAAGGUAUCAAGUCAGCGAGCAAAAAUGCGGAAGUGAAAAAGGGUGAACUACCUGCAUCUUCAUCAAAGAAGAGCAUCACGAUUCAGGAGCCCUCAGCAGAAGAAAAGGCAAAACCGGUCAAACCUCCUACCUCCAAUCAAGCAUUGCAAGAUUUCUUUGAAAGUAUCGAAACAGACCAAAUGAGUAUGUUUGGACCUGGAGCACAACAACAAGGUUUUAUGAUGCCACAAGCAACUGGUUUCCAACCUGCGAUGAUGGCUCCUCAAAUGACAGGAUAUAAUCCGUUCUUUGGACAGCAAUCCAAUUUUAUUGCGCCUCAACAAACGGCAUUCUUGCAACAACCACAAUUAACAGGAUUUGCACAAGGUGGAUUCCUUUCACCUCAAAUGACAGGCGCGAAUCCUUUCAGACAGAGUGUAAUGAUGCAGCCGACAGGUGGUGCAUUUGGCGCAGGAAACAUGUUUGGCAUGCAGCCAACAGGACUACCC